AUGUGCCCGUGGGUUGCCAUCGCUGGACUCCUGGUCUUCGUGACAGAUGCUGCUGCAGCCCGUGAUGUCUCAGGAGUGGCGGGGUACCCUGUCACACUUCCCUGCACCUACUCCUCAGCCUCCACCAGCAUGUGUUGGGGACGAGGGCCCUGCCCGAACUCCCAGUGCUCAGAUGUCCUUAUCUGGACAGAUGGCUCCAAAGUGACCUAUCAGAAGGCUCCACGCUAUGAGCUGCAGGGCAAAAUCACCCAGGGGGACGUGUCACUGACCAUCAAGGAGGCAACCCUGGCCGACAGUGGUGUCUACUGCUGCCGCAUCGAACACCCAGGCUGGUUCAACGACCAAAGACUCACCUUCUCUCUGGAGAUAAAGCCAGAUGUGAAUGACACCGCGGUGACACAGACGUGGGAUGGUGCUGCGCAUGAGAAUCAGACGCUCACAUCCCUGGCAAAGAACCCAUGGAUGACUACCAGCAAGGGACUCGGCAUUGGCUUCUCCAUCGUGGCAGUGGUGCUGGUCACCUUCUUGGUUAUCCCGGUUGUCCUGGUUACCAAAAAGCACUUGUUCCCGAGGAAGAAGCAGCAGCAGCAACAGCUGAGCAUGAUGACACUGCAUGGCCCCAACGUGACAGCGCUGCAGAGUGCAGCUGCAGCCCAGGUCCGAGCAGAAGAUAACAUCUACACAGUGGAGGACAAUCCCUACGUCAUCGAUUAGGCCUGGCUCUUGGACUGGCCACCAGCACUGCUGCUCCAUCCCAGCCUGUGGAGGCAAGGCAUGUGAGAACCACAAACACAAUCUCUAUGCCUGGCAACCAAAUCUUGGCAA